AUGCAGCGUUCUUCGCGGGCCCUUCUCCUCCUGGGUGCUUGCACCACCAUGUGCUGGCAGGCAGCCUUCCUUUCGCCGGCGGAGCCUCCGGCGGCCAACAGCCGCCGCGCGCUCCUGGCAGCGGGUUCCGCUGGCCUGCUGGGUGCCAUGAGCCCGAAGAGUGCCUCUGCUGCUGACUUCUUCGGCCUCCCGCACAUCCCAGGGCCAUUCGAGAUGGACCCCAAGGAAGCUGUGGUCAUAGGUGACGCCGCGGACCCGCAAGUGAAGGAGGCGAAGGCCAAGGUAAGGAUGCCUACGAGGAUUGUUAUCAAGGAUACCAGCGUCGGAGGUUUGCCUGCAGGAAUUGGUGGCCCAAUCAAGACGUAG